AUGGGUGCAGCAGCAGCAGCAGCAGCAGCAGCAGCAACAGCAGCAGCAGCAGCAGAUGAUGAUUGGGCUGACAACACCUGGCUCUUUGUACUGAGAGACCCCCUUAUAGGCAUUAUACCAGCAGCAAACAGCAACUGCAGCAGCAGCAGCAGCAGCAGCAGCAGCAGCAGCAACAGCAGCAACAGCAGCAGCAUCUGCUACCUAGCUGCAGCAACACAGAGAAGCAGGGGAUGCCUGCCGCAGACUGAGUGGUUGCUGCUGGAGCUUAGGAAGCAGCAGCAGCAGCACGAAGCAGGGCAGCAGCAGCUGCUGCUGCAAGAAGCAGAAGAGGACCCUUCGGAGUUGCUGGGUAUAGAGGCGGAGUUCAUGCUUGACGGGGCUGGCAGCAGCAGCAGCAGCAGCAACAGCAACAGCAGCAGCAGCAGCAACAGGAGCAGCAAGAUCCCUCGCAUGCAUUCAUUUGGAUCAGCAGAAAUGGGUGUUGCUGGCGCCGCAUCUGAGCGGCAUUCCCUGCAGCAGCAACAGCAGCAGCAGCAGCAGCAGCAGCAGCAGCAGCAGCAGCAGCAGCAAAUAUCUCUAGACGGAGUGGAGGUAUUCAGACACAAAGGCUUCGUCAGGGCCUGGCUGCAGGACCGCUUGGCUCUGGCUGAUGCAGUGCAGCAGCAGCAGCAGCACCGCAGCAGACUUGAAGAAAGAAAAAGAAAAAUCGGGGUAGAUUGA